UUUCUAUUUGAACAGAAAAUGGAGAAUUCACAGAGGCCCAUGUUUCUUUUUUUAGGGAUAUACAUUUUCUCAGUGCAGUGGAUAUUGACCCAUCAGCAAGUCAAUGUGGCCUUAAAAGGAAUAGCAGCACAAUCAUCUGUAUAUGCUAGAAGAUAUGCUUCCUUAGCCAUUGAUGGCAACAGAGAAUCUAAUGCAUUUUCCUACUCAUGUACUACUACAAAUGCUCAGUAUAACCCAUGGUGGAGUGUGGAUUUGUUGGCAAUGUAUGACAUUAAUAAUGUCAUCGUCACUAACAGAGGUGACUGCUGUCCAGAACGGAUAAAUGGUGGUGAGAUUCACAUUGGCAACUCAUUAAUCAAUAAUGGCAACAACAACCCCAGAUGUGUCAUCAUCCCUAGCAUCGCUGCUGGUGCCUCUGAAAAUUAUACGUGCAAAAUGCGGGGUUGUUAUGUGAAUAUCAUCCUUCCCAGUGUUACCCAGUAUCUUACACUCUGUGAAGUGGAAGUCUAUGGAGUUCCAGUCCCUGUUACUAAAAGAACAUUUCUGAGAAUUAAGUUUAACAGCAGUGAGGAUCUUAGCAACCCUACUAUGAGGGACAAAGUUCUUCAAAAGAUCAAAUCUGCCAACAUCCAGUCAUCAGUAUUUCAGAUCCAUUGGACAAAGGAACCAGAACUAGAAACUGACACUUAAAAAGGGUACCAACAUAUGGAACCUCAACACUAUCUACUGGACAAUAACUGUUCAUAGAACAGGAUAUAUGGAUGAUAUUUGAUUAAUUAUAAUUAUUGUACUUUCUCCCUCUGAGAGUCUAUGGCAACCCAUAGAAUCCCUUGGUGGAUUUUUGUGAUAGUUGGCACACUGUUAGAGGAUAGAGUUAUAGACAGCAGAUGUCUAGGAUCACUUAUUUUCAUGUUAAAUUCAAUUCAAUUUUAUUUGCACUUUUUAACAACAUAAGAAACAAAAAACAUAGUGCAAAAGUCCUAGAUGUUAGACAAAGUCAUCUCUAGAGAGCAAGCCUGAGGCGACUGUGGCAACUCCCUUAGGUGGUAUGAGGAAGAAACCUUGAGUGGAACCAGACUCAAAAACACAGAAGAGUGUGAUUAUGAACAAUGUCCUUUCCGCAGUCAUGUACAGUCAGUUGUGUGAUGCAGAUACAGCAUAUGUAAAAUGUUAGUGUGUGCAUUAAUUAGGAGGUUGUUGUCAUCCUCAAAGUCCACAUAAGUUUGACAUUGUUGAUUUGAAAUACCCAAAUCCUCACAAAGCAGAAUCCAGCUUGAGCUGGUCCAUCUCUGGAUUCCUCAGGAUCCUAGCAGGGUUGGCCUCUUCUCAAUGAAGGUCUGCUGGAGCUGGCACAAUCUCUAGAUGCUUUAAGAUAGGUAGAAAAAACGAAACAAGUGGAAAGGUAUUAGCAUAGCUGCUGUUCAUAAUAUUUGAAAGCACUAGAUGAUAAUGUGCAUUUAAUCAAAUGUACUGGAGUACAAGGUUAUCGAAUGUAUUAUGUGUAUGCCUGGCUAAAGAGAUAUGUCUUUAAUCUACGUUUAAACUGGGAGACUGUCCCUGAGCCCUGAACAUUGUCAGGAAGACUGUUGCAAAGUUUAGGAGAUAAAUAUGAAAAUUCUCUAUCCCCCUUUUUACCCACAUAUACACUAUAUUGCCAAAAGUAUUCGCUCACCUGCCUUGACGCAUAUGAACUUAAGUGACAUCCCAUUCCUAAUCCAUAGGGUUCAAUAUGACGUCGGUCCACCCUUUGCAGCUAUAACAGCUUCAACUCUUCUGGGAAGGCUGUCCACAAGGUUUAGGAGUGUGUUUAUGGGAAUUUUUGACCAUUCUUCCAGAAGCAUAUUUGUGAGGUCACACACUGAUGUUGGACGAGAAGGCCUGGCUCUCAGUCUCCGCUCUAAUUCAUCCUAAAGGUGUUCUAUCGGGUUGAGGUCAGGACUCUGUGCAGGCCAGUCAAGUUCAUCCACACCAGACUCUGUCAUCCAUGUCUUUAUGGACCUUGCUUUGUGCACUGGUGUACAGU